UUUUUCUCUAUUUAUUCCGAUAUCAUGACGAAUAACGCUUUAACCUUAUAUCAUAUUCUAUUAUCAUUUAUUUAACUCCUUAUUUUAGGGAAUGAAGCGCUUAUCUCAGACAUGGAAACACAAAAAAAACGUAAAUUCAAAAUUUUCAAACACGAGUACAAGUUUGAAAGAGAGAGAGAAAAACCUACGAAAUGACGCCGUAAAAAGAGAAUUCAAAAGUCCUGCAAGCUGCUAUUCAAGACAGACGAAAGGGCAGGUCCCAGCCAUAUCAAGAAACAGCCCCUGUCUUACCUCACCUAAUGGCUCCCUCAAUGUAUCUUUUGGCUUUGAUUUUGAUGCCGCAGCUCUGUCUGAAAUGGACCGGCUCGAACAGGAACAUGGCCCAUCUGUUAGUACCACACCCAUUCCCCAUAAGCGCAGAGCAACAGACAAGACAUCUGCAACUACACCACAAGUGACCAUAGCUGAUCUGUUUCAAAAAUCUUCUAAUUGUGAAAAUACAACUUCUUUUGGUGUUGAGACGAGAAAUAUUCCUCAUGCUGCGAGCACAACUCCUUUCAGUAUGGAAACAAGAACAUUGAGAGCACGAGAAAGGAUUUCAACUCCGAUAGAAGAAAGUCAACAUGUCUUGGUUUCACCAACGGCUGAUUUACCUGCAUUUUCACCUGUCAAUUUGACAUCAAGUGCUGCUUUUAAUGAUAAUGAUGGUGGAAAUGAAAAGGAUUUUCAGAACAGUAAAAGAAUUGUCGACAAAGAUGCAGACAUCUUAGUUUCCCCAAUAGCUGAUGUUCCAGCACUUUCACCUGUUAAUUUGGCAUCGAGUGUGUCUUUGAGUGAUGACAAUGGAAGAAAGGAAAAGUCUAAACAAAAUGAAAAGAAAUUUCAGAGCAGUAAAAUAGUUGCUGACAAAGAUGUAGAAAAUGAGGGUGAAAAAAUUAAUGGCCAAAGGAAUGACAAUCCAAGUUUAUCAACCAGUGAUGAAAACUCAAGGCCCAGUAGCAGCACUGGUAGCAUGACAAGUGUUCUUGAGAUGGAACCCAGCAGUGGUGGUGCUGAUGUCCUCAGCUUAAGUUCCUGGGGUCUACCGCCCUCAGUACUACAGCGAUACCAUGACAUGGGUAUCACACACAUGUUUGAAUGGCAGGCAGAGUGUUUAAGAACUGGAAAUGUGCUGCGAGGAGGCAAUCUAGUAUACUCUGCCCCUACCAGUGCUGGCAAGACCAUGGUUGCUGAGCUCCUGAUGCUGAAGAGGGUACUAGAAACAAAGAGAAAAGCACUCUUUAUUCUGCCGUAUGUUAGUGUGGCAAGAGAAAAGAUGUUUUAUUUACAGCGUCUGUUCCAAGAGGCCAGUGUCCGCGUAGAAGGUUUCAUGGGCAGCCAUAAUCCUGCCGGUGGGUUUGCCGCUGUUGACAUUGCUGUUUGCACAAUCGAAAAGGCCAACAGCUUACUCAAUCGUCUCCUGGAGGAGAACAAAGUUUCUACCCUGGGGGUAGUAGUGGUGGAUGAGAUGCACAUGUUAGGGGACCCCCACAGGGGAUAUUUGUUGGAGCUUUUCUUGACCAAGAUUCUCUUUAUCGGUGGACAAGGGAAAGUCAAGGAUGGACAAAAUAAUGAAGAGAAAGUGACUGAGACCGCGAUACAAAUAGUCUGCAUGAGUGCGACCUUACCCAACCUAGACAUGCUUGCCCGUUGGUUGAAAGCGGAUUUGUACUUUACCGCCUACCGCCCAGUCCCCCUGACCGAGAUGGUCAAAGUCGGCCCGACAGUCUACGACAACACCAUGAAAAAAAUCAGGGACAUCGACCCCGCUGCGGUGGUUGCCCAUGACGACGAUCACGUGAUCCCCUUAUGCAAAGAGACCAUCAGCGGGGGUCACUCUGUCUUGAUAUUCUGUCCUACAAAAAACUGGUGCGAGAAGCAGGCAGAGGCGAUUGCGCGCCAUUUUUCUACCAUCGGACAUUUGGGCUUGUCGAAAAACGACGGAAAAACCCCGAAGUGUGGCUUCGUGAGGGCGUCGGAUUUGAUCGCGUUUGAUGUCGAAGCCAUCAAAGAGGUUCUUGAGCAACUGAAGAGAACACCGGUAGGGUUGGACUCGGUGAUGAGGCGUAUAAUCCCGUAUAGUGUGGCAUACCAUCAUGCUGGGCUGACUGUGGAUGAGAGGGACAUUAUUGAAGGGGCGUUCAGGCAAGGGACCAUAAGGGUCCUUGUGGCUACAUCUACUUUAUGUUCCGGUGUAAACCUUCCCGCGCGGAGAGUCAUCAUCCGUACCCCAACCUUCCAUGGUAAGAUGGUCGAUCCAUUGGUCUAUAAACAGAUGGCCGGACGAGCUGGUCGGAAGGGUGUGGACGACCGCGGGGAGAGUAUCCUGGUGUGCAAGGCAACUGAGAGGCACAAGGCAACGACCUUGAUGAAAUCUGAGUUGAAAGCUGUCAAGAGCUGUUUAUUACUCAAAGAAAAAAACGGUGGACUUAAGAGAGCGUUACUGGAAGUUAUCGCUAGCGGUGUCGUUACGAGAUUGCGUGACGUCGAGCGUUACGCUGGGUGUACUUUUUUUGCGUCAUCAUCCAGUGAGACUGACGUCACUGGUAGUAAAUGUGCUAUCACGGAGACGAUCAGUUUUCUUGUGGAUAAUGAAUUCAUUCGUGUACAGUCGGUGAAGGAAAAGAGAUCCGAUGGCGAAGAGGAAGUGGAAGAAUCUAUCGACAGAUACGUACCCACUCAGCUUGGUACUGCUACUGUCGCUUCUGCUCUAUCUCCAGACGAAGCUUUGGUUGUGUUCGCUGAGCUACAAAAAGCAAGAAAGUGUUUUGUAUUGGAGAGUGAGCUGCAUAUCAUAUACCAGGUGACGCCCAUCUACGUAGAGGCACAGUGGCCAGACAUUGACUGGAGCCAAUUCCUCAGUAUUUGGGAACGCCUUCCUUCCCACAUGCGUCGAGUAGCGGACAUAGUCGGGAUCAAGGAGGUCUACCUAGCAUUAGCAUCCCGCGGGAGAAUCCCCACAAGUACCCCACAGCAGAGACAACAACUAAGAGUCCAUCGUCGCUUCUUCGCCGCUUUAGCGCUGCAGGAUUUGGUGCAAGAGGUCCCUCUAAACUUCGUGGCUCGUCGGUAUGGAGCGACUCGUGGGAUGAUUCAGUCGUUACAAGGUUCUGCUUCAACGUUUGCUGGAAUGGUCACUGUGUUUUGUCAGAGACUUGGAUGGCAGAAUUUAGACCUCUUGCUUUCUCAGUUCCAGAGCAGGUUGUCGUUUGGCGUUGAGAGAGAGCUUUGUGACUUGGUGAGGAUUUCUGUUUUGAAUGCCGCGCGUGCGCGAAUCGUCUAUAACGCUGGCUUCCAGACCAUAGCAUCGCUGGCGUCAGCCAAGGUGGAAGACAUCGAGAGUAUAAUGAGCAACGCUGUACCGUUUAUCAGCGGGCGAAAACAUAUGGGUGAGACGGAUUUGGAAGUCCGUCAUCGGAGGGAAGCUCGCGUCAUUUGGGUGGCAGGAAAAAGAGGGCUUAGUGAAAAAGAAGCAGCAGUAUUAAUCAUAGCAGAGGCUAAAAAGUUCCUUCAGGAUGAUGUCGCACGGCUUGGGAUCGCGUGGAGGGCGCCUGAUGCACCUGCGAAUUCUUCUCCUGGUCAAGGAGAAAGUACAUCACCUCAGAAUGCCCAGGCAUCGGCGAGCAACUCAAGUGCGUCAGGGAAAAAGAGAAGAAAGUCGGGUAGGCGGCGCUCUUCGGGAUCAUACAGGAAGUCCCGCAAGUCACCCCCUUCAAGGCAACGCCAAAAAUCCCCGAUCAACACUGGGAAUUCUUCCUUUGCAAGUAAGAAAGCUGGGACUCUUCCACGAGGCUCGGGUAUCGUAGGUGAUACUCCUUGUACGAGUGCUGCACCGGAGGGUACAGGGCAUUUGGGCAAGGAAAAAGGAAUGACCGCUAAUAUUCCCUGUAGGACCAGCAUCCCGGGUGGUACAGGGCUUUUGGAGAAGGCGAAAAAACCAGCUAAUGAUAUGCCUGGUAGGACCAAUAUCUCGGAGGGUACCGGGCAUUUUCACCCGGAGAAAAUAGCAGUCACCAAUAUGCAAAUGCCUGAUGAUGGUAAACGAAGCACCGAGGUGAAAAUCGUUGAGCAGCAGACAAAAAACAUCCAAACAAAUGCGGCGAUUUCCUCGAUAGAAGGCCAAGGCAAAAGUCACUCGUCUAACUCUUCCAAAAUUUCAGAACAGAAUUACCAUGGGAUUUUGAGUAGUAAAACACACAACAGAAAGACUAUCUUAAUGGAUGAGCUUGGCGAUCGAAAUGAAAGAAUACUAGCAAAAAGUAUCGAAGAAUUCAAUUCGUUUACGAACAAUAACGACAAGCAGACUACUCGUGGCUUCAGAAACACCGAAGUCUCUUCACUAAAUAAAGUCAUAGACGGCUCAUCAGAUAGUAAUUCAGUCAGCGGUCACCCGAAAGAUUAUGUGCCCAAGGGCGUGAAUUUAACUCCAGACAAAGACUCAAUCCACAGCAGAACGAUGAAAUCUAAAAACCAACUUUAUGACAAAAAUUGUAAGAUCUCAAAGUUGUUGUCACGUGAUUCGGCAACCACCAAUCAAAACACUGGACAUUUACAUACGGAUGAGAAGAAUUUUCAAAAUAAGGGCAAAGAUGCUCAUGGGAAUGUGGAUUUAAUAUCACGUGAUAAAGCAAUGGCCAAUCAAGUUGUUGAAAAGUUAGGAGGUAAUGAAGAGGUGGGUUCUACAAGUAAGAAGGAAGAGAUGGCUAAACAAGAGAAAAAUCAAGUCAUGGAAACGAAAACGAAAUUGCAAGAAACCAAGACAAACAAAGAAAAACAUGAAGAUCAAGAAAAACGAAGCCAGGCGAUGGAUAUUCUGUGCUCCUUGACUUCUAAAGCAAAGCCCAAGCUCUCCACCCCUGGUCCUUCAAAAUCUACAAAUCAGAGACGUUCAACUGAUAUCGAUGACGUAUUUCCGGUUAGCCAAACUAAACCACCAAAGCGACAAUCUCCAAGAAUUCAAAAAGACGACGAGUCUCCGAAGGAGAAGAUCCCGAGGCACGAACUUCAUGAAAAUGAAGGCGCUGGUAAACGUUUUUGUCAAGAUUCCAUGCAGCAAAAAGUAUCUUGUUUGAAUACAACGCAGUCGUUUUCAGCCCAAGAUGAAUCGUGUUCAUCUGCUGUAUUGUUUGAUAACUCCGAAGACUUGUCUGAGUUGAGGCUAAAUCAACAAGGCCCUACGACUUCUCCUGAACUCUACUCGGAGCCGCUAGAAGAGAACACUGACAGACCUGCGAGUGACGAUAGGAGGAGGAGGAAGAGUGAUGAGGAGUUUGGAUCUCAAGCCUUGGGUUUUAGCAUGAGUGAUAGUUAUUUGGCGCAGUGUGGAGGGUUCACGCAGAUGAACCCACGUCCCGUGACAGACGCUAGUGAACAGUGUAACACAGGACAAUAUGAAUACAUCGGUGGUAAGGAGAUGAAGUCACGCCCCGAUAAGGACGCCACUGAGCAGUCUGUUCGAACAGGGGAAUUGGAGCUCAAUGGUGAACUUAAGGCUAAAUAUCGCGACGAGGGGAAGUCCAGGAAGAUCGAGUCACACCCUGGCACAAACACUAAUGAAUAUUGUAGGUCUACGAAAGGACACCUUGAGUUCCAUGGCAUAUCUUCUACCUCCGAUGAUCUUAUGGCUAAUCAUCGAGUCCAGGAAGCGUCCAAGGAGAUCGWGUCGCGCCUCAUGGUAGAAGAUACAGAAAAAUCUAGCACUACGAUGGAGCAGUUAGAGUUCGAAGGUACCUCUUCUAUCUCCGAUGAUCUCUUAGUUAAACACUGCGGUAUAAUAGUUGAAGAUACGGAAAAGCAAAGCUCUACUCUAGACUUUUUAGACUUUCAUGACCUAUCUGAAGACGUCAUAGACAAGGACGUCAUCAACCAGAAAGAAAGUGUUCCAAUCAACUUUUCUCAGGGUGUUAGUGAAACUGAAGACAUUGACCAACACGUUGUCGUUCAGAAGAAAACUGCUGCGAAAGAAGCCAAUAGAAAUCCAGGUUAUGAUGACGUCAUGGGAAAGCACUCUGACGUCAUCAACCAGAAAGCAAGGGGUCCAAUUACCUUUGCUCAGGGUGUUAGUGAAACUGAAGACAUUGACCAACACGUAGUCGUUCAGAAAAAAACUACUGAGAGAGCAGCCAAUAGAAACCUAGGCUGUGAUGACGUCAUUGGAGAGUUUGAUUCCUGUUCUCGAUAUCAGUCGACAGGAAGGUUUUAUCCUUCAGGACCGUCCACAGGAUCAGAUAAUGAACGAGUUUCUCCCAUAUCACCUAUCUCCUUGACCUCUAGACCGGGCGAGGAACGACACGAGGAAGAAAACUUGGACAACUCGGGGUCAUUUUCGUUGAAUUUGUCUCUGUCGGAGAGCAUUGGUGAUGAGUGUGAACUUGUAGUCGCUAAAAAUUCAGGGGAGCGAGAGGAACAGAAUAUUUUAAAAAGCGUUAUCAACGAAGAUAAUGCAAUGAGACUGCAGAGUGAGAAGUUGAAGGGAGACAAAAGCUCGAAAACAAAUGUGCUACUUGCCAGAACUCAGGGAAAACAGACAGAAGACGACCAUGGUAAAAGGCACUUUGAUAUGAUCGGCGCAGCGAGAGAAAAUUUGGAUGAGAGGGAAAAUGGGAGAGGAAAACAGCUUACGAAAAUCAAGGCCAGGGAUAAAGAAUUAGCGAAGAAAUCAAUCCUUGAGGCAGAGAUUUCUAAUCAUGAAACUCCAAAACGCUCCCAAGAAAACAAUUUUGAGCAUCAAACUCUCGUUGUCGAAACUCCGGAGUCAGACUUAACCUCACAGGUUACCCAUAGCAACCAGGCAUCGGACUCAAGCCUAGACUCCCCAUGCGUAGACUCUCUAGCCUCGCCCUCAUGUACAUUUACCAGUGUUUCAAUCAUUGACGUGUCAGCCAAUGAUCUUCUUUUCCAUACAUUUUUAAGAGAAUGGAAGACGCGAAAGGAGUUUUCUUUUGCGGUGGGCUGCGAGACACUACUCGAUAACGUCCCUAAGAUUGGAGGGCGCUUUAAUAAAGGUCCUCCAAUGAACCAAGGGUCCUCGAAGGGGCUUCCUAUCGAGGGGACUGAUGAGGUUGUCGUUGGGGUCGCUGUUUGUUGGAGCGGCAAAGAUGCUUACUACACCUCACUUAAGGAAUGCGAUGACGUCACUAGUGACGUCGAAAGUCACGACGAAUCAAUGGUCGCUCCCAACUUGUCUGUCGCAGCUCGUGUUGAAGGGAUAAAAUCCGUCCUGGAAUACAAAGGAAAACGGAAAGGAAUGAAGUUCUGCUUUGACUCUACUGCGCAAUACAAGGCUCUUGCUCAAAGCACUGGGAUAACACUAAGUGGAGAAAUAGAAGAUCCUAAAGUAGCUGCAUGGCUGCUUGAUCCAUCGUCGAGAGAGAAGACCCUUCACCAACUGACAGGAGAGUACGUAGUUGACAAAGCGAGUCUAUUAGAAGGUAUCAGCGCGGGAUUUGGGGAGAGUGGUUUUGGACUGACCAGUCAAAGCCCAGCAAGUGGCCGCGCGAGGUCUUGUACCGAGGCGGUGAUCGUUUAUUGGUUAAUGAAACAGCUUCGCUCAAAUCUGCAAAAGGAUCAUCUUGACAAGGCAUUCUAUCAGGUAGAAAUGCCAGUCAUGAAGUGCCUGGCGCGCAUGGAACUCAACGGUAUUGGCUUCUCAGACACCGAAUGCGAUCACCUCAAAUCCAUCCUCCAAGCCAAGCUUCGUACUCUUGAAGAAGAGGCAUAUAGACUAGCCAAUCAUAGCUUCUCUCUCACUAGUCCCGAUGAGGUUGCCAUGGUCCUUUUUAUAGAACUGAAACUCCCAGCUGAUGGCAAGAUCGAUGAGAGUCUUAAUGCCGGAAGAAGACUUGGCGCGACGCGUCGUGGUACGACAAAUGGCGGGAAACGCGGACGGAAAUUACUAAAACACAUGAGUACGAAUAAGGAAGUGUUGGAGCGACUCAAACCACUGCAUCCGCUCCCAGGUACUAUCCUUGAAUGGAGACGAAUAAAUUGUGCACUGACCAAAGUUGUGUAUCCCGUUCAAAGGGAAAAACAACUCAAUGCACGGCUCAAUAUGAGUAGGAUUUACCCCACAUGUCAAACGCAUACUGCCACAGGCCGAGUCGGCUUCGCUGAGCCCAAUCUACAAAAUGUCCCUAGAGACUUUGAGAUUGAUCUUCCAACGGUGAUUGCCGAGAGCCCGCCACAGGUAGCCCAAAGAACAAAUCGAGGGCAUCGGAAAACAACUCAGGCAAAUAACACUCUUGGAAAUUCUUUUCAAGUGAGCAUGCGCACUGCCUUUAUACCUUUUAAAGGAGGUAUUUUGCUGGCCGCUGACUAUUCUCAAUUAGAACUGCGGCUCAUAGCUCACUUGUCUAGAGACGAGCGCCUGCUCAAGUUGUUGAAUGCCGGCGGAGAUGUGUUCAGGAUGAUAGCGGGCUCUCUUAACGGAAUUGAGCCUGCGGCUGUAAAUGAUGUACAGCGUCAACGGGCUAAACAAAUUUGUUACGGGAUUAUCUACGGGAUUGGCGCAAAAUCCCUCGGGGAGCAGCUAAAUUUGAGAGAAGAAGACGCUUCUGUUUAUAUCGAGAAAUUCAAAUCUCGUUUUAGCGGGAUAAAGAAAUAUCUCAAAACUACUGUAGAAAAUUGCAGAAAGAAUGGAUUCGUGGUGACUGUAGCUAAUAGACGACGGUACUUACCAGCGAUCAACAGCACAAACGCACAUGCGCGAAGUCAAGCCGAACGACAGGCGGUGAAUACCACAGUCCAAGGGUCAGCGGCUGACUUAGUAAAGAUAGCCAUGMUAAACAUAGACCGGAAGUUGACAGAACUGUAUUCGUCGUGUCGACGAACUCACCGACAUAAGAAUAACCACAAUGAACCGGAAAUGACCUCUCGCAGAAAAAGCACAAGAAUUAGUGCCCAGACUCCCAGGAGAGGAUCUAGUGCCCAGUCUAUCGAUGGCGCUUGUGUUGUUCUUCAGCUACACGAUGAGCUGAUACUAGAAGUAGCCGAGGAGGACUUGAACCGAGUAGCGGCGAUAGUUAAGAAGGAAAUGGAGAAUGCAAUGAAAUUAGCAGUUGUACUGCCUGUCAAACUGAAGGCCGGACCUUCGUGGGGCACAAUGAAUCCACUAGAAUUGUAAAUAGAUUUAUUUAUUUAUUAUAUUUUUAUCAUCGAAUCUUUUGUAACUUAAAAUUCUCUUGCUCAUUCGAUAUAAUUAAUAUAUAUGGCAUGCAAUGUAUUGUAGAGAAAAAUGACGCUUGCAGGAAUUCGUUAUUCUCAUUUAGAGCCCGCGGUCGUUUUGGUCUGCGUUACCACACGAUUGGCUCUAAUUGAAUCCAACUACUACUGUUUUCUGAUUGGGUAUGAUAAUCAGAAGCGCCAACAACCAAAUCCAUGCAUGUAAAACUGUGCACAGUUGUUGGAUUUGCUCAAAAUCCUUGACGGAAAUCAAAAGGCAAGCAGGUGCUGAUUGGGUAUAAUAAUGAAAAGCGCCAAUAACUAAAUCCAUGCAUGUAAAACUGUUCACAGUUGCUGGAUUUGCUCAAAAUCCUUGAAGGAAACCAAAAGGAACGCAGGUGUUCUGGAUACUGAUUAAAUAAAGCACAAAACAAUUGAUUAUAA